AUGUAUAUUAGUGGCACAUACUUUGCUAGUUGGUCCAUAUACCAGUACAAGCACUUUGUGACAGAUCUUCCGGUUGCAGAUAUAACCCAUGUGUUCUAUGCCUUUAUGAAAAUAGAUCCCAACACUGGUGAAGUCCAGUUAGGUGAUAGCUGGGCAGAUGCAGAAAUCCCGCUCGAGUCACCCUGUGGAGGUCACCAGGUCAAGGGGAGCUUGGGACAGCUUUAUGAAUUGAAGAAGAAACGCCGGUAUCUCAAAACUUUGAUGUCGAUUGGAGGCUGGGGUACAAACGACACAUUUGUAGCAGCAUUUCUGACCGAGCAAAAGAUGAAUACGUUUGUGAAAAGUGCAGUCACCAUGGCCAAUUGCUACCAUUUUGAUGGUAUUGAUAUAGACUGGGAGUAUCCAAGCACUGAUGCUGAAGCUAGGCAAUUGCUUGAAGUAUUGUACAGACUAAGAGUGGCUUUGGGUCCCGACCGUCUUAUUUCAGUAGCUUGUCCUGGUGGAGACGAUACCUUUGCUAUUCUCAGACCGCAUCUUCCUGCCAUGGAUAAGUACUUGUCUUUUUGGAACGUCAUGUGCUAUGACUAUGCUGGUAAGUCGUGGUCUCAAAAGACCGGUUUCCACUCGAAUCUCUUUGGCCAUAAUGGAGAUAAUCUGAUGAGUUCUGACUCCAUAAUCACCAAAUACCAUGAAGCUGGAGUUCUUCGCCAUAAAUUGGUACUAGGAAUGCCUGCUUAUGCCAGGGCUUUCGCCAACCCAGCCCAACCCAGCAUUGGCCUGCCUUUCGAUAAAUCUACGGGACCUGAUGACUUGGAGUACAAAAACAUAUCCGAGAAAUACGAACAAUUCGACCAUCGCAAGGUCUCUGCGUUUGCAAUGGAUAGUUCUCGUGGAUUGUUCCUCACGUACGACAGCCCGAUUUCUGCAAGAAUCAAAGCCAAGUAUGUCGAGCUGAAGCAAUUGGCAGGCGGAAUGUGGUGGUGCUCGUAUGGGGACCAGCCAGGAGAGCGGUCGCUCGUUGGUGCGUUUGUAGAUCAGCUUGGAAGGUCGAAUUUGGACCACACCAACAACUACUGUAGCUGA